AUGACGAAAUUCAGACAAAUUUCACAUGUAAUCUUUGAUAUGGAUGGAGUUCUUUUAGAUACUGAGGUGACGUAUAGGAAUGCAAUCGCUACGAUUGCUAAGAGGUUCGGGAAAAAAUAUACAAAUGACAUAGUAGCUAAAGUAACUGGUACAGUGGAACAUGAAUCGGCUCGCAUAGCCGUUACUGAGAUGAAGCUUCCGAUGCCGGUUGAAGAGUUCAGGCACGAGUUUCGCCGUACUGCCCAUGGAUUUUUUGCGAAACAUGGGGCUCCACUUAUACCAGGUGCAAAGAAAUUAGUAGAUCACCUUUCCAAGCACAAGAUUCCUAUAGCAGUAGCUACUUCGUCGUCAAUGGACAGUUUUAAAUUGAAAUCGGCAAAUCACAAAGAGUUUUUCAAGCUUUUCGAUCAUAUAGUUUGUGGCGGCUCCGAUCCGGAAGUGAAACAUGGAAAACCUGCUCCUGAUAUAUUUUUAGUAGCUGCAGAAAGGUUUCCAUCCAAACCGAAUGCGGAAAAUUGUCUAGUGUUUGAGGAUGCACCGAAUGGCGUUAAAGCAGCUGUAAGUGCGGGCAUGCAAGUGGUUAUGGUGCCAGAUGAGAAUAUUGCCGAGGAUCAACGCAAAGGUGCAACUGUGGUAGUGUCCUCGCUGGAUUUAACACCUUUAGAGAAAUUUGGCCUUCCGUCUCUCAAAGAAACAUGA